AUGCGGAGAGCGUCGAUAGGGCCGAGCUAUUGGAAAAGAGGGAUCGCCUCGAGCUGCUUCGCCCAGCUUCCGAUUCCUAAACACGGCCGCCAGCGACAGCGACGCCUCUUGACGCUCGGCCCCGAAUCCGCUCUCGCAACCGCUCCCGCCACCCAUUUGACGGCCCGAACGCGCCAGGAUGAUGAAUUCCUGCGCGCCGUCUUCGACUCGCCGCGUACCUGGAAGGAGUUUUCACGCGUCGCUAUCGGCACGACUGUCGGCCUGUUCCGGAAUGUCUACUUGCAGGAGCCCGAAGGCUUUCUCAGAUUCGCCGAGGUGAGUCUGGGCAGGGCCCGGAGGAUUGUCGACAAGGUUUUGGCUGCGUCUACGGUCGCCGAAUACCGCGGCAUUGUCCGCCAACUAGACCGCUUGAGCGACAUCCUCUGUCGAGUACUCGACAUGUCGGACUUUGUGCGCGUCACCCACCCAGACGUCAAGACGCGGCGGAUGGCGAGCGGGGCUUGGGACCGCGUGUACCAGUACAUGAACGAGCUCAACACCAUGACGGGCCUUCAUGACCAGUUGGCCAAGGCCAUGGCCAACCCUGACGUCACGGCUGUGUGGGCCGAGGAGGAGAGGACCGUGGCCGAGGUGCUCAAGCUGGACUUUACCAAAUCCGCCGUCAACCUGCCCAAGAAAUACCGCGAUCGCUUUGUUGCGCUUUCGUCCGAAAUAAGCACCGUCGGGUCGCUGUUUGUUCAAUGGAUGGCGCCCGCUCAAGAAGAGGUCGUCCUCCCCAGCAGCCGCUUCUGGGGGAUGGACCCCGUGCUUGCGCGGCGCAUGACACGCGAUGGCAAGGUGCAUCUUCCCACCCUGAGCGGUGAAGCCGCCCUAGCCCUGCGCACCGUGUCUGACCCGGAGACGAGGAAGCUCAUUUACUAUGCUUCUCGUACUGCAGAUCAGCGCACAGUGCAUCGACUUGAAUAUUUGAUGCGGCUGAGAGCCGAACUGGCCCAUCUUUCCGGCUUUGAGAGUUACGGCCACCUCGCGCUUCGCGACCGCAUGAUGGCGAAAAGCCCGGAGGCCGUCAAUCGCUUUCUCCGGGCCCUAGCCGACAGCAAUAGGCCCAAAGCGAAAAAGGAGAUGGCCGAGCUGCUGGCCGAGAAGGCGAAAAUGGUCCCCGGUCCAGCAAUCCUUGACCCCUGGGACAAGGACUACUACUCGGAGCUCAUACGCCAAAAUAUGAGGACGGCUGAACGCCCAAGCGAGCCCCUGUCUUCCUACUUUUCCAUAGGCGUCCCUCUACGCGGCGAGACGUGGCACCCCGACGUGCGCCGCCUUGACGUCGUCUCGGACACGGACGGUCUCGUUGCUGUCCUGUACUGCGACCUCUUUUAUCGCGAAGACAAGUCACCGAACCCGGCGCACUUCACUCUACGCUGCUCCCGUGAGAUUUCCGAGGACGAAAUGGCCGAGGUGUGGGCUCAAGUUCUGGAGGAAAACGGGGAGUCAAUAUUUCCAAGCCGCGAGUAUGCGGCCAAUGAUGGAAUGGAGUUUUCAUCGCGAGGUGGGACGGUCAAGCAGCUUCCGACCAUUGCCCUUGUCUGUGACUUCACGCCCAUGGCUUCGCACGGCGAUGAGCCCGCUCUUCUGAGCUUCUUUCAGCUAGAAACCCUGUUUCAUGAGAUGGGGCAUGCUAUACAUUCGAUCCUCGCCCGCACCUCGUUUCAAAACGUGUCUGGGACACGGUGUGCUACUGAUUUGGCCGAGCUGCCGUCCACUCUAAUGGAAUACUUCGCAUCAGAUCCCACGGUUCUCUCACUUUUCGCCCGACACUACAAGACGGACGCGCGUCUGCCUUACGAGCUAGUGGCACGUAAGAUCCGCCAGGCGAGGAGAUUUGAAGCGUCUGAGACAGAGAACCAAAUCAUCCUGGCCAUGCUGGACCAGGCUCUGCAUUCGAACAUGGCCACGACUAGCAAUUUCGACUCGACCCAAAUCUUCCACAGCAUCCAGCAGAAAUUCAGCAGUGCACCGCCGGACCCGCCUGGAACGAGGUGGCAGGGCUUCUUUGGUCACCUUUCGGGCUAUGGAAGCACCUAUUAUAGCUACCUCUUUGAUCGCGUGCUGGCCCAGCGCGUGUGGGACGUUGUGUUCUCGUCGGGCAAGGGGGGCGCCGCACUGGAUCGGAAGAAUGGCGAGCGUCUCAAAGAUAACCUCCUGAAAUGGGGCGGCGGACGUGACCCUUGGAGGUGCCUGUCGGAUGUCUUGAGGGACAACAGGCUGGCCGACGGCGGAGAGGAAGCCAUGGCCUUGGUAGGGAGUUGGGGUUCCACAACCCAUGGCUCAACCACAAGUCACGGUUAAAACAAUAGAUUUGGAACCUACAUCAGAUGUACAUACAGUACAGUGCAUACAUACGGCUACGUCUUGGCUUUCUUGUAAUGAAUGAAAGAGCAAUCUCCCAAGGCGGUGGCAUAUUCGCUCUAUGAACUUGGGACCCGAUGAAUAAGCUGAUCUGAUGCCACAAAGACCGGUAGCCAUUGUAUCACCAGUGUCCAGGCACAAGGAGAUUGUCAAAUGGGGCAUGGCCAAUCAGAUCAAGCUUUGCGAGCGUUCCUGG